UAUAUACAUUUUGACAUAUCCAUUUUGACGUAUUGUGUUUCAAAACGUUGUCGCGGUCGGAUGUGUGUGUCGCGUUUUCCGCCUCCCCGGAACAGAAUAACAAUAAAAAAAAACCAUAAGAAAAACUUACAAAGAAUUAUGGACGCGCAGUGAAUAGUGCGUGCGAAGGGAAGAAGUGCGUGCGUAAAGAAGUGCCCAACUGGUACAGUGCUAAGAGUGAAGCAGUGUGAAGCACGGUGCGGAAAGAUUAUUCACAUUCUGAUUGAUUUGGAAGUGGAAGUGAAGUUCUAUGCAUUGUAGCGUUUGUGCCGUGUAAAAAGUUUUUUAUGAUGUGUGCAUAAAUAGAUAAGAAAUAAGCAUAAUUUUUGCAAUCUACAAUCGUCCCACAUUUUUUUGUCUUGUGGUUCUUUUGGAAGCAAUUUGGUGUGGUGGUUUGUUUAAUUAAUUUGAUUGCGUGUGUGCAAGUGUGUGUGUGUGCGGGCGAGUAUAUGUACAAAAAAGAAGAAGCAAUAGUUAAUGCAACAAAAGCAGACACAGGAUUCGAUCAAAAGACGCCGGAAGCUGCAAGCGAGAAGCAACAGAAGCAUAACAACGCAACACAACAGCAGCUGCAAAUGAAUAUUUUCCAGAAGUAGAAAAUAUUCAUUUUGUGGCGUGCAAACGAAAGGCACUCGCAGCAGAAAAAAUGUCGGUUUCGUCGCAGGAUUGCUGCUAUCCAGCGCUCAGCGUCCCGCUGGUCCACUUCUUGUGCCACUGAGAGGUUUGGAACCAAGCGUGGUGGAAUAUUGCUACAAUCCGUGCACUACUGGAACUAACCGAGAAGCUAGUCGUCUGUGAAAGGAGUACGUGUUGCCAACGCGUGGAAACGAAGUGAUCCCAGUGGUUUCUAGAAGGAACCUCGACUCGAUUAUUGUGUAGUGGAGUGAUCGAGAGUGUCAUUUGGAGGUGGAUAAUCUAGCAAAAUACGCCAUGAAACCACCGAGCAUUGAUAUGUCAUCAGCCACUAGCAACAACAUCAGCAACACGAUCAGAUCACCUCCGGUAGCUUCUUCACCAACGAUAGUGACACCUAAUUCUAUUGUAAAUAGUAGCAAUAACAUAUGCAGUGGCAUAAGUGGAACUGGCCCUGGUGCUGGAGGUGUAGGGUCAAGUAGUAGCAGCAGCAGCACGACAACUCCUACGCAUACUGCUAACGGAGGUGGAACGUGUGCUGUACCGGGUACAACUGGAACCACCAACAACAGUAGCAGCAGUGCGGGAAAUAGUCCGAGCUGUUUUAUCAAGCCAUCGCUUUCGUUAAACUCACUACCACCACAGGGACCUCCCGAAGGAUCAGAGAUGGCCCAACAUAGGCUUCGCAUCGAUAGGCCUUAUAAUAGCUUAAAGAAAAAACGCGACACAGAGCGAGAACUGUGGCGAAGAUCAUGGGGCAGUGGACACAGUCAUAGCUCGUGCAGUUUGCAAAGCAGCACCACUAACACUGGGCUCGGCAAGGACGAUUUCUGGGCGGCCUUGCAAACGAAUUACAACUUCAUAAUGGACACCAACCUGCUCGACAGUUGUCGAGAGGCUCGUGGCGAGAUAGAGGGGCCCGUCUUUCGGGAUGACCUCGAGGAUGACGUCAACUGCUGCCGGAAGGCACUGUUCAAACCAGCACAAACGCAUCGCUUUUACGGCGACCCGCGUUUGUUGCGACAAUGGAUCAAAGAGAUGGAGAACCGAGUGGCCAAAGUACCGUCGGUUACUGAAACCAAGAGACUGAGUAUCGAGCAGCUGCAGAAGCUGGCAGUAGAGCACGGGGAAAUUUAUCGUGAAAUCAAAUCGAACUCCCGGGCAGUAGCAGCUUGCAUUCGGAGCUACGAACGUGACCGAAAAUCAGCCUCGUCUACAUCCGGCAAGGGAUCCCUCACGCCGGAAGUCGAAGCAUCGCUCGGAAGCAGCAACACCACCAGUGGCCAUAAUAGUAAUAGUGUAGCAUCAACCGCUGAAGGCAAGGGCAAGGAGAACGGAGGCGGUGGAGUGAAAGGAUUAGAGCGACGCUAUCAUCUGCUCUAUCUGAAAGCCUUUGAGAUACAGUGCCUUUUGGAAGGAUUAUUGGAUAGCAAGACUUCGAGCUCUGAUAAUAACGCGAGCUUGUCGGACACGGAUGAAGAGCCUGCUAACAAACUAGCCCGCGUUAGUAGCUCUAGCAUCAAAUCUCAGGGUUCUAAUCACAUCGAGACAUUGAAUAAUGAAGAAUGGGUUAAGGUAAAGAAGCUAUCCAACGCUGGUUUCGAUGCCGAUUCAGAAGGCAGCGAUAGUGAAAUUGUGCCCAACAUUAUUGCCUACAGUGGAGCGGGCAACGCCUAUAACAGUAGCGGUAGUAGCAGCCAGAAGCAGGACCUCCAAUAUCACCCGGGUACGGGUAGCAUUAGCAGCAGCGUAGUAGCAUCAGCAUCCUCACCUAGCUCGGGUAAUCUUAUGAUGGAAGCAGAUAUUAACAACCUUUCAACGACCACGACACUUUCCGAUGCCACGACACUGACGACGACCAGCUCGAAAGCAGCCGAAGCCACCCCAGCCAACGCAGCGACCGUGCUCAAGGAGAACAUUCUGAACAACAACAAUACAACCCAAGAGAGCGAUAAAUCAAUCAUCGAUUGCGAUUUGGUGGACGGUGGAACCCUACUGAGCAGCACCCUCGACACGGUCAACAAUAAUGCACUCGUAAAUGGUAGUGCAACCGUCAAGGAACACACGGAACGUGCUGUCAGCAAAGGAGCGUCACUCCGCCAUGUAAAAUCGUCCUCACCGAUAGGAUCAUCGGGCAAGCAGAAGCGCACGAAAGUGAGCGAUUCGUCCAAAUUUAACCGGUCAAACCGUAAAUCGAAAAAUUGCGCCACGUUUUACUUCAAACAUCGGGACACGGACUCGGAACUGAACAAGGAUUCGAGCGAACGAACCAAGUCGGAUGAAUCGUCACCCAGCACAUCCUCACCGUCCGCUUCCUCGUCCGAAGGUGACGACGAAUGGGUGUACAAUAAUGGUGAGCAGGAAGAUGACGAUGAGCUGCUAGCAGUGAGAAAGCGUAGUGAAGAAGCGCGUGAAGUCGGCGAAGAAGAGAAGGAAAACAAACCGAAAGCUCAAGUGGAUAAGCAUCAGCGGGAAGAACUGGGAACGGGUGCCUUAAAGAUGACCGCCGGCAGGGAACCGAAGUCGAAGAAGAGUUUGGAUUUUUCGCGGGACACGACACAAAAAGGUGGAUCUUCCACGCCGAAUGGACGCAACGGAGGACGAUCGUUGAUGAUGACGUCGAUUGGAAGUUUUGGCAAAAGCGCUGAUGGCGUCAACAGUGCCAAGAGAUCGAAGCCACCGCAGUAUGCAACCAGCUCGAUCCAAAGGUUAGUGCUGCAUGCCGAAGCAUUGGUGCGUGACGAAAUUUUCGCCAAAAACGCAGCUGCAGCUGCUGCUGCGGCUGCGGCGGGCACGGGCAGUACGCCGAAAACGGUGGUGAAAAAUCCCAACUACUACCAUCAUCAUCAUCAUCAUCACCAUCAUAACUACAGUGCGAACAAUAGCAGCAGUAAUAACAGCAACAGCAGCCAUCAUCAGCCACACCACCACCAAACGUCAUCGUUGCCAUCGUUGCCAGGUGUUGGGGUCGGACCGGGCGUUGGUAUUGCGAGCAUUAUUGCAUCGCACGAACCCCAACCGAGACACGGUGCCACCGCGCACAGCCAGCAUCAUCACCAUCACCACCAUCACGGUCACGGUCGAAAGGCGGAGAAAGCCAUGAGCAAUCUGAAGAUGAAUCUGAUCGAGGAAUGGCUUGAGAAGCAACCGUUGGAUGCGCCGGUGGCGGCUCCACUGCUACCAGCCUCCGUACCGACGACCGACUGUGAAGCAUCCGGCGAGUACACCGAUUCGGAUUCGAUCGCACGCGACACGGACAGCUCGGAAGGUUUGGCCAACUCGGUUGCCACCUGUCUGCAGGGUGAGCAGACCCAAACGUCCCAGGAGUUGCUAAACGAUGGCACAUCCUACCCGUCGGAGAACUCAAACGAAGUCUCUAACGACGAUGAAGGCGUUGCAACCGAUUCGAAAGGCGGAAGCUCUGCCGCAAUGACGAGGACGACGACGACCACCUCAACCGCAGCAGGAGUAACGGCCGCUAGCUCAAGCCCUUCGCUACCUAUUUCGGUUGCACACGGUGGUCCUACUAACAGCGGCAGCACAUCAACGGUAGUGAAGCGUAGACCGCACCGUUCAGCUACCGAUCGGCCCUGGUCGGUGUCGUGCAUGUCACAGCUGAAUUCAUCCGGCGUGGAAAUUAAUCAGUACGGUGGAACGGACAGUGGAAGCGGCGGUGCAACAGACCCUGCCACCCAUCAGAAGGGUGCGAGCAGCAGUGGUGGUGACGGUAAUGACAACAGCAACCGACCGUUGACGGAUCAUCGAAACUUUUCGAUCAGCGAAUCGGCACUGAACACGAUGUCCCGCAGUGGUUCGUCGAUGGUUGGAGCUCGCGGCAGCAUGAAACCGACCUCCAGUCAGCAAACCGUCGUGCGCAACUCCGAAAGCAAGGGUUCGCUCAAGAAGCGCAAGCUAAGGCCGCGUCGUAAGAAUCGUAUCGAUGAAUCAGGCUCGGAUGAAUCGCAACCGCCUCAGCACAGCUCCUCGACAUUGCAUCUGUUGCAGCAGUCAUUACUACUACAGUACAACGCAUUAACCGGUGGCAGUGGACAACCGUUGCGUGAGAUCCAACUCUCCGGUAGCAACAGUAGUGUGGCGGGCGUUGCAAUCACUACCAGUGGCAGUCGGCGGUUGCUAAAGUCGGAGUCAUUUUCUGGUCGUUUGCGGCUAUCCGACGAUUUGCUUACGUUGUCCUCACUGUCCGGUUCUUCGUCGCGGAAGUCAUCCUCCGUACGGCAGACGUCGGCUCGGUCGACGAAACGUUCGCAGGACAGUGAAGAAGAGUUCGGGUGCCCGAUGGCGAAGCCCGAGUUCCGGAUCGGUUCACUGACACGCACACGGUGCGGCAGUCUCAAUCUAGGAUCAUUAGCAGCACUUGCUAAUUAUAAUCUAGAUGGUGUAGAGAAAACGGAAACCGAUCUGAACGGAACCGGCACGGGCACGGAGGAGAUGAGCAGCUUCUCGGAACAGGCGUGGGAUAAUUAUCAGGAAAAAUACAUGUCCGAACCGUACUCGGAAGACCGUGACACGGAUGCGGCCCGGCGGUUGCUUGACUUUGGCGAUGACUAUCGGAACUUUAUCGACUCACAGUCGGACUGUGCAUCGUCGUCUCUGUCGGCGGCUAACAUGGACUCACUUUCGCCACCUCGGUUCCGUCUGAAGUCAGAAUCGGCCAACAAGUUGGAGAUCAAUACUAACUCGCUUAAUCGUCGAAAGCGAUUGGAUGAGUACCGAAUGGACGAUCGAUAUGGCAACAACAUGAAUUCUUGGUCCAGUAAAUCUGGCAGCCCACCGCAAUCGUCGGCCAACGUGAGUGCACGAAAGCACGGUUCGCUUUCGUUCCUCGAGGCAACACCGCUCGCAACAAUGGUUGAAUCGAACGUACCGAACGGGUUGAACGCUGGUUCCACUGGUGGACCCCGUCGGCGUUCGUUGCGUUCGGUGGACAAGCACAACUCGUCGGCCGCAUUCGUGCGCUCGCUGUCGCACGAAACGAGCAGCAGCUCGAACAACGAGUUCGACGAGGACAUGGAGGCAGAGGUGAAGAAGCUGCUGAUCCAGAGCAAGAUCCGAUUCGCAAACACCGAAGCGUUGAAGGCCAAGUGCCAUCUGCUGAAGCCGGACGACUACAGCGAAAUCAUCACCACUUGCCGGGAGAAUGUCCGCUGCCUGGAGUCGGUCCUACGCUGCCAGCCGGGCACGGUGCUGACCGCUGCCAAGUGCCAAGAUUUACGAGAUACAAUCGUCUGCUGGGAAGGACUGCUCAACUGGAGCGAGCGACGUGUGAUCAGCAAUCAGUUCCUGGAUGACAUACGUGCCCUGAAGGAUGUACUGGAAGAGCUGGGUAGCAAGACGUUCAACAUCUGUUCCGAGUCGCACAUCCAGCUGGCGAUCGAUCAAUUGAAGAAUGAGCACAAAGUUCUGCAGAACCAACGGCCAAAAAUGCUCACGCUGAACGCAACCGUACACAACUGGGUGUCGAACCAGGAGCAGCAACGGAAGGAAUUGUUGGACCCGUCCGUUGACACGCGGUUGGAGGAGCUGGAGCGGGACAAGAACUUUGAACGCUGCAUUGGUGGCCACUGUGGUGAAUGCUACGAUUGCCUGAACGAUAUACGUCUGGAUACGUCGGUCAAUCGUGAGCUGAAGUAUGGUAUUACCACCCUGUACAGUACCUGGGAUGAGGCUGAAGUGCGGCUAAGAAACCGGAUCGAAAAUCUUACCACCUCCAUGAUGACCUGGAAGCAGUUGGAGGAUGGCUUAAGCGAUUUUCGCAACAUUCUGGAUCGGGAUCGUGGAAAACUUCAAGGCAUUGAAGGUGCCCUCCAGAGUGGUGGCGGUACUACCGAGGAAAUCGUGAACAGUGUCAAGGAGGUGGUGAAGGCACUCUCGGAGAAGGUGGAUCCGCUUUUUCAGGAUCAACAGAACGGUGCUAUCAACGAGUGUGGACAGUUUCAAAACCAGCAGCAAGAGUCGCCCCAGGAGAACCUGCAGCUAUUGGCUCCGGUUCUGCCGGCGAGUGUUAAGCUCUCGUCUAAUGGUUCUCUGUCUGAUAGUGGUAUUUCCGAUGGUGGUGGCAUGUCUGAUGGCAGUCUAUCGGAGCGUGAGCGACGAUUGAACGCCCUUAAGCGACUAGUGAAGCAGCUGGAAGUAGCGCUCGCGCCCGGCAGUGACGCAAUGCAGACUAUAACGAAGCGUCUCGAAAUGGCGGAACACGAUUUGCGCUCGCUGCAGAGCACGUGUCGUAAAAUCAUCAUGAACGAGAAGAACCACCAUGAGCAACAGCUACAGCUGCAGCAGCUUAAGGAGCGUUCCCCAGGACGGGACUCUGCCGAUGGAAAUAACAAUAAUAGCGUGUCAGUGAAAAACAAGAACAAGAAAUCACCUUCACGCAAAAAGCAUCGAAAUGGUACACAGAGCCGCAGCCAGUCAAACACAUCCGCCGAGGCAACGGAAAACGAAGACGACGAGCAGUUGUUGUACCAGCAGCAUCAACACCACACCCAGGAAGAAUUACAGCGGGAGCAACUGCUGGCAAUGCAGAAAUCUGCCCAACUGGGAAUCGUUCAGACGACCAAGAUGAAGCUGUCGCAGAACCGCUGGGUAUGGCGCAUUACCAAGAUCGCCGUACCCGUCCAGCUGGCCCUGGUAUUGGUGAUGUGUGCGGCCUGCUUUUUCGAACCACACUGCUGCGAUGCGCUCAACACGUACUCGAUGAGUUUUACGCCUCAGUUACGGUACAUGAAGGGACCACCUCCGAUCUAAGGACGAUCAGCGAAGGUGGAAACUGCCCACCGUACGGUAAAAUGCAUCCGCCAAUACGUUACGUACGCAGCGGGUGCGGAAUGUACGCGUGGGCACUUUUAAUGUAUUGGAUAGAUUUUUAUAUCCUGGAGAUAUAACGUUGGUUGAUUAGUUUCUAACUAUAUAGUAUGGCUUUCAAGCCCGGUACCAUCCAAGGAUGGUCUGGCGAAGGUCGUAAUACUUCCAAUCAUGUUGCUAUAUAUUCUUACCAUUAUUAUUUCCUUAAUGUUCUUCCUAUGUUCAUUAUCUUGUCAUCUUUAUUCUAUAAGGAUUCCUGCAUAGGUUCUAUAUUUUCUAGUAUUUUAAUCUAUUUUUUCUCUUUCAAUAGAAUCUAUAUUUAUUAGUUCGUUAGCUUCGAAUGAAAUGUACAAUUCUAUUCGUUCGCUCGGUCGUUCGUUUAGUGAUGUUAUUUAAUCGUUUGCAUCGUUUAAGAUAAAUGUGUAUGAAUUAAUGGUCUUCUUUCAAUAAGUUUGAUUGAUUAUCUACCAACAUUGUCAACAAAGGGCAAUAGUUGUAAGAUAAUUUAUAACUUUUCUAUUUCUUUUUUCGCAUUCAUCGUUUUCAUUUCCAACACAACGUAUUUUUCACCUUCCAUAAACCUUAUUGUACCACAGUAAGAAAUACUAACAGUAAGUGUAAUGUUUCUAACAAAGCAAACAACUAAAAAAAAAACAUAAUUAAGAGCAUAUGGCAACGGAAAACAAACGCGCAGUAUGUUCUACAAAACACAACGAAAUCAAAACAGUGCCUUGAAGAAGAGGACAGUAACAGUAGCAGCAGCAACGGUUGUGGAACUCAUUCCCAACCAAACUUACAUAAAUCAGUGAAAAGACUGUGUUGUUUUUUAUUUGCAUAGAAAAGGCGAUGUAAUUUUACAUACAUAUUUCCAUUUCCAGUGAUAAUAGCUUCUCUCCUUCCGUAGUACAGUUUAAUCGGGUUUGCUGUUUAACGCAAAACUGAACAAAGAAGAUAGUAUAAAAGCAGAGAAGAAGAAAAAAACAGUAACACACUGCCGUUUUGUGAUUUCGGUCGCACGCUACUUAUUGCCUGCGCGCUUGUAAGAUGUUUCCUUGAGAAUAAUGUCUCGAUGCUAGGAGUAUUUUCUGUCUCUUUUAUCUUGAAUGAGACACCGGCGUCCUAAAAUUGUAUAUUUU